UCUCUAUCUCUUUCAAAUAUGGUAUCGGUAGUUUGAACUUUUAAAAGAGGAAAACAAAAGAAAGCUUCGAAAAAUCUCACACCAACCGCUCCUAUUUACUGCUUCUUCUCUCCGAGAAAGAAUGAGCGUGGUAGGGAGACAGAUGGCGAGAUCUAAUUCGACGGCGCAUCAUCAACGGCAAUACUCCGAUAACUUUCUCGACGCGUCGUUUAACAGCAAAUGGCUUCAGUCCUCCAAUUUCCCUUCUUCUCAGGAUUUCUGUAACUAUGGCGGGGGAAGAAUGAGCAGGAAGUCGCCGGAGCCGGGGACACCGCCGGUUUGUUCGAGGUCGUCCAGCUUGCGGAAGAACAGCGAUGAAUACGUCUCGCCCAAUGAGCUCAGCCCCGGCUUACUGGAUCUGCAUUCAUUUGAUACUGAGCUGCUUCCCGAGUUGCAGGUUCCUAACCUAUAUGAAGGAUACGGGCUUCAGAAACUUGUUCGUGGUAAAAGUUUUGAUGAUUCUGAACAGUAUCUAGCUACCAACAAACUUUUGAACAGGCCACGUGGAAUGGCUGAGAAUAACCUUCUCAAAAGCAUCUCAGUAGAUAAAGAGAGAGCCAACAAUGUUGCCAAGAUUAAAGUUGUGGUGCGCAAGAGACCAUUGAACAAAAAGGAAAUAGCAAAGAAAGAAGAAGAUAUUAUUACUAUAGAGUCAAAUUCGAAUGCGCUCACAGUUCAUGAAAAAAAACUAAAGGUUGACCUGACAGAAUAUGUUGAGAAGCAUGAGUUUCUUUUUGAUGCUGUACUGAAUGAAGAUGUUAGCAAUGAGGAAGUGUACUCUGAGACUGUGGAGCCGAUAGUCCCACUAAUUUUCAAUCGAACAAAAGCAACUUGUUUUGCUUAUGGGCAAACCGGAAGUGGAAAGACUUAUACAAUGCAGCCACUGCCUCUAAAAGCAUCUCAAGAUAUAUUGAGAUUAAUGUGCCAUACAUAUCGGAACCAAGGUUUCCAACUGUUUGUCAGUUUCUUUGAGAUAUAUGGAGGGAAAGUUUUUGAUCUCCUCAAUGAUCGAAAAAAGCUUUGCAUGAGAGAAGAUGGUAAACAACAAGUAUGUAUUGUGGGUCUGCAAGAGUACAAGGUAUUAGAUGUUGAGACAAUCAAGGAGUUGAUUGAGAGAGGAAAUGCAACAAGAAGCACUGGCACUACCGGAGCAAAUGAGGAAUCCUCACGGUCACAUGCUAUUCUUCAGCUUGCUAUCAAGAGAUCGUCUGAUGGCAGUGAAAUGAAGCCUGCAAGACUUGUAGGGAAGCUUUCUUUUAUAGAUCUUGCUGGAAGUGAGCGUGGUGCAGAUACAACUGACAAUGACAAACAGACGAGAAUGGAAGGUGCUGAAAUUAAUAAAAGUUUACUUGCUUUAAAAGAAUGCAUAAGAGCUCUUGACAAUGACCAGGGUCACAUCCCUUUCAGGGGAAGUAAGCUAACUGAAGUUCUUAGAGAUUCAUUUGUUGGUGACUCACGUACUGUUAUGAUAUCUUGUAUUUCGCCAAGCUCGGGAUCAUGUGAACAUACCCUGAAUACACUCAGAUAUGCUGAUAGGGUGAAGAGCCUAUCAAAAGGGAACAACUCCAAGAAGGAUACGCUAUCUUCAUCUUCAAAUCUUAGGGAGUCAACUGCAUUGCCCUUGGCUUCAGCUUUACCAACUGAGACAUUUGAGGAUAACAUAACUGAUGUUCCGUAUGAAAAGAACAAAUUUGGGUGGUCCAAACAGAUUGAAAGAGAUACAUCUCCUCCUUUUAAAGUGGAUCGUGUUCCUAGUGAGAGGGCAGAAGGAAAUGUGGCUGUACCAUAUUCAGAUUAUAACAAGGGUCAGAGAGGCGGUCUAAAUGGCUUGACUGAGGAUGAUUUUGAUUACACUGAGGAGACAUAUGAGCAACAAAAGAUGCUGCGGAAAAUGAAUAGGAAGGCACAGACCUACCAAAUGCCGGCUUUGGAGGAGAAGUGGAAGACUGAUGCUCUGACAAAGCUCGUGGAUCCUUCAACUUUUGAUGAUAACCAUUCUCAUUCAGAUGAUGAUCUGAAUACCCUGUUGAAGGAAGAGGAAGAUCUUGUAUCUGCUCACCGAAGACAAGUGGAGGACACAAUAGAGAUUGUUAGGGAGGAAAUGAAUCUGCUUGUUGAAGCUGACCAACCAGGCAAUCAGCUGGAUAAUUAUGUCUCUAAAUUAAAUUCCAUUCUUUCACAGAAGGCUGCAGGAAUUCUGCAACUGCAGACCCGCUUGGCUCAGUUCCAAAAACGUUUAAACGAGUAUAAUGUCUUAGUAUCUUCUGGCAAUUGAUUUAAACCUGCAAAGGGCUUGUGAAACCCACAGCUAUAGGGUGGAGUUUUGCCCGGGACUGAUAGGGUGUGGAUUUGGACCGGCAUUUUAUUUGAUGAUUUCUUCCUUGAUGGUGAGGCAGUUGAUGACCCGCCAACUGUUAGCUGGUUACGGAAUGACAGUACCUAUUAGAGUGGUUGGUGAGAGUGGAAUCUUGUUUCUUCCUCCAUUUUUGUUGCUUCAAGUAACUACUGUGACUUUUGAGUUAAUAUCACACUGCAUAGAAAAUAUAUUAUAAAUAUGUAUGCUCCUCCCUUAUUUAAUGUUAUUAUUAAUAAUAAAAACACCUUGUUUUGUGCUU